UCAAUUGUACAACUUCAAUUUGAUACUUGCUUCAAUGAGAUAAUACCAAGCUCACUCAUUCCAGAAUCAAUCACUAUGGUUGACUUUGGAAAGAGGUUCAAUCAAACCAUAGAUUUGAAUGUGUUGCCUUCAUCGGUAACUAGUAUCAAGCUAUCUAGUUCAUUCAAUCAGCCUUUGAUACCAGGUUCACUGCCUGUCAGCAUCACCUCAAUCAGAUUUGGCGAUGACUUUAGACAACCACUCCAGGCUGGUCAACUACCCGCACAGCUCAAGCAUCUCAGCUUUGGCCUUCACUUCAACAAUGAGUUGCAAGAGGGCGUGUUACCCGACUCACUCACCGAUCUAAGCUUGGGCUCAGAGUACAAGCGACCGCUGCCUCAGCGGGUACUGCCACGGGGCCUCAAACGACUGGUACUGGGCAGUGGAUUCGAUUUGCCCAUCGGGUCAAACAGUCUACCUGCCUCACUCGAGACACUUCACACAGGCUACUGCUUCAAUCAAGUGUUGGAGCAUGGAGCAAUACCAGACAACAUCAGGGACCUUAGCUUUGGCUUUCUAUUCAACACUCCAAUCACAUUGGGUCAGCUUCCCAGCAAGCUACGCACUCUCAAACUUGGCUUCAACUUCAACCAACCGUUGGGUAUUGGUGUGCUACCCGCACAGCUAGAGACCAUCGAGUUCAGCUCAGAGUUCAACAGGCCGGUGCCUGUCGGCGUUCUACCUUCCUCACUCAUCAACAUCAAGUUUGGAUUCAAGUUCAAUCAACCAUUGCAGCCUGGUGCAGUCCCAGAGGGCUGCACACAUCUCAGGCUUGGCGCAGAGUUCAAUCAGACGUUGCCGCCUGGCGUGUUGCCAUCGACUGUCACACUACUCAAGUUUGGCUGGGACUUUGACAGACCAUUGGCAGUCGGAUCCAUUCCAGCAGCCGUGACAAACCUGGAGUUUGGACAUCGAUUCAACCAGCCUCUGGCGCCUGGUUGCAUUCCAAACGUCUGCGAACAACUCCAAUUUGGCACGAUGUACACACAGAAGAUGCCCAAGGACGUUCUGCCUGUCUCGCUACUGGCGCUUAAGCUCGGAUCAAACCUUCAGCUCAGUGACGUCGUCCUGCCCGACAAGCUCUACCUGCUCGAGACGUACUGCAGCGACAUGAAGGAGGCACAGCAUCAGAUCCCAAGCUCACUCAGACAUCUCAAGCUGCUCUAUUCAGAACCGUGGCGGGCUGGGCACAACAAGUGCACAGGCAUACAAUAUGUGCCGUCGACAGUUCGCCAUCUGGGCGUAAGCAAACGACUGGCCCUAGUUGAGAUGCAGAAUGGUGGUACGUUUCCAGCGCAUGUUGCCGACGUUGCAGUACUCCUCAAUGAACUGCGACUAAUGCACAUCCGUCGACUGGAUGACCAAUACUCCCUAGUGCACACCUCCAAAGACAACAUGCUCACAGUGCCCAAUGACCUCAUGGCCGAAUACUUGCUCGACUAUUUCAAUGUGGACGACAAUGACCAACAUCUUGAC